AUUUAUGUAUAUCGAUUAAUUUUCAGCUGCCGCAAAAACAAAAUGUUAGCAAAUUUUCUAAAACGUUCCUUAGGCCGGCAGAUCAAUACAAAUUGUCUGAGUGUCUACCGCUUAGCCAGCAGCAGCAGCAGCUCCAAGGAAAUAAAAGAUGCCCUGGACAUUGAAGCCAAUCUCUUUGAGAAUUCAUCAAUACAACAUGAGCCGGUUAACACGCGGGAGACUUUACGCAAGCACAAUGCGGGAAAAUCGAGAGCGAGUCGAGGAGGAGAUGGAGGAAAAGCGCCGAUGAAAACUGUUCCUACUGCAGGUGUUCCGCGUGUUCCCCAGCCAAGUCAACGUAUUGCGCCCCAAAUCACCCCAUCGACAGUUAUUCGAGACAAGGAUCUGGAUUUGGAGUUUGUCCGUCUUAAUUUGCAAGAUCCCUUGCUUAGCACUCUGAUGAUUACAGUACGAUCCCGCAAGCGGCGAGACAAGAACCGUCAGAUUAUCAUUGAGGGCAGACGAUUAAUACGUGAAGCUCUCUCAUGUGGCCUCAAAAUGCAGACCCUGAUCUUUAGUCAGAAGGAGCAGCUCGCUUUGCUCAGAGAGGAAGUGGCCUUGGCGCAACAGAAGACUCAGACAAAGAUCUACAAAGUGCCCCAGCAUGAUCUGAAAACAUGGUCCACAUUGGUCACGCCACCUGGUGUAAUGGGCAUAUUUGAGCGUCCCUCCUCCAGAGGAUUGGAAACUGCCAAGACUACCCCCACAUCGUCGUCUCUACCCAUCACUGUGGUCUGUGACAAUAUCAGAGAACCCAAUAAUUUGGGCAGCAUCAUCAGAACCUGUGCCGCCCUCCCCUGCCAUCAGGUUGUAGUUAUUCAUGGCUCCUGUGAUCCCUGGGAAUCGAAGGCUUUGCGUGGCGGUUGCGGUGGACAAUUCCGUUUGCCCAUACGCGAUGACAUUGCCUGGGAUGAUUUGGCUCUGACAAUUCCGCCAGAAACAGCAGACAAUUGUCAUGUCUAUAUAGCAGAAAAUAAUCUGGAAAAGCUGGCCGAGCAUACAGCAAUUGAGUAUGCUGAUAUGCCAGCUGCUCCAAAUGGCCAUCAAAUCCUGAUCAUAGGCGGUGAGAGUCACGGUGUCAGCUCAGAGGCUUACAGUUUCAUGAAUCUGGUGGGUCAGAACAAGGGUAAAUGUGUUUACAUACCACUAGCCGAGGGAACGGAUAGCCUUAAUGUGGCCUCGGCCUUGACCCUAUUGCUCUUUGAACUACGCAGGAAACUAAAACAAACAUAAGUUACGAGAGUGUAGUUGCCUAAUGAUUAAUCAAAAAUAAAAAUAACCUCCUUGUUGACUUACAUUAA